AUGGAUAUGAACUUGGGAGAGCCAAGGAAGGCCAGGGGUAAGAGAUUAGAGGUCCCCACUACUUCAGCACCACCAGAGACACCAGCUCCAAUACCUCCCACUCAGACUCUAGUUAUUCCUCCUACAUCCAUUCAGAUAGCACUUCCAGCUCCUUUAUCUGUGGCCUGGCUAGGAGCCCAGCCUUCUCCUUCUGGAGGGGGUGGGGCCUCCGCAACCCAAGAGCCUAUUCUGGAGGAGCCAGCAGCAACAGCAGUAGAGGGGGAGCUCACCCCUCCUGAGCCUUUUUAUUUUGACGCAGGUGUACACAUGGCUCAAGAGGAGGGGACUUCCAUAGAUCAGAUACCUGAGCCAUCUCCUGCACCUGUUCCUGAGGAGACCCAGCCAUCUACACCAGUCAUGAAGCCAGAGCAGCCUAUCUAG